AUGUCUUCGCCGUGGAAAAAGCACCCAGAAGAUGUCGUCGACAGUGUACUCAAGCGUGCAGAAGUGAGCAAGAUUGCACGACGUUUGCAAAACCGCCUCGCUCUCGCAAAAUUCAAAACCAAGCAUGGCUGGGAAGACCUCACACUCGACUCCAUCGAGCCGAAAGUCGAAGAGGAGAUGCGAAGGAAACGUCUGACCGAACCUACAGAUGUCCUCUCCGACUCAUCAUCAAGCGCAUCCGAUCUCCCAUAUCCGUCCCGAGCCCUCAUGAGCUCUCCCCUCAAAGCGCCCCUGUUUUCCGAUGCGGUAGGCUCCAGCAACGGCAGCACGGGACACCGCAAGCGCACAUACCUCGCCUCCUUUCACGAUGUAUCAUCAAGUCCUAGCAAACGAUUCCGACUUUCCCCUACGGCACACAAGUCCUUUGGCAGUAAUGGUGUAUGGAAGAACUCGCAUCAACUAACACGAUCUUCUCCCCUCAAGCCCAGGCGGCAACAACACUUUACUACCUCAGGUGGACCCGAUGUCUCCUUUUUCCAGCAGCGUCUGAUGAGUCGUGAGCUCACAUCACCCAAUUUUGCUGCACCUUCCGAUGACGAUGAAGAUCUUUUGCCCAUCCACUCAUUCAACCCUACCAAUAUCCGCUCUUCUCCUCCACGCACACCACCUAUGCGCACCAGGUCUGUUAGCAAGCGGAACAAGGGCGAGAACGGUGCAGGGACCAAUGGCAAAACUGGUGAGGAGGGAGCAGAUUUACUUCUCUACCUCGCUGCUUCGCCAUCACCAGCUGUCAGAACUUCAACUCGAACACGAAUGGAGCCCCCAUCAACCCCUCCCCAGAAGAACAAGCAGAUGGAUCUACCUUCUUCAAUGAUGAUGACGCCUGGUGGGGGUAACCUCUUCCCAACCACCCCCAGUCAAGCUUUCGACUUUGCCGAAUUUGUCAAUAUCACACCCAGCCCAGCACAAAAGCCCUUCAAGACACCAAUCUCAAUCACGGCAACUAGGACACCCGUGAGCGGUACUCAAAGGCGACUCACGUUCGACUAA